UUUCAAAUCGGUUACGUUUUUGAGUGUCGGUAUUUAACUGCAUCAUUUGAAGCCACCAUGUCGUUCCGUUGUGUCACUGUCAUCCUUCUGUACGCUGUGGUAACCAACGGAGCAAAAUUAUCUCCGCUGAAGCGUCCACAGAUAGAAAUGGAGAGGUUCAUCCACUCCUGGGCGAUCAACUCCCACUCCGCCGUGCAGACACUCUCUAACGGUGAUGAGGGCAGCGGGACCGAUGGAAACUUUAUUGAAGUGUUCCAGUGUGGGGGCAAAGCUCCGGGGCUUUACGCCGACCCCGACGACUGCACCAAGUACUACGAGUGCGCUGACGGGCACGACAUCGGGUUCCACCGGGACUGUGCCGCGGGGUUCCCCGCCGGGACCCAGCCGGUCUUCGACGUGGUAAACCAGAUCUGCGACUGGCCCGAGAAUGUCCCGUACGCUUGCGGAGGCACGAGAGCGUUCACAUGUGCAAACCUGGAGCCAGGUCUGUACAGCGAUCCCGACGACUGUCACUCCUACUUCGAGUGUGUCCCCGGCUUCGACAUCCCGUUCCACCGCGCAUGCGCCACCGGGUGGUCCGACGGACCCCACCCCGUGUUCGAUGAAGCCGCCCAGCGCUGUGAUUGGCCGAUGAAUGUCGCAGGGUCUUGUGGGACCCUAGAUUCCCGCUGUGUGGACAAGGCACCAGGAAACUACCCUGUUCCCGGCAGCUGCACAAAGUUCUACAAGUGCUGGCCGGGGCUGACCGUGGCGUUGGAGGGGGAGUGCCCGGAGGGGACGCUGUUCCACCCCGAGAGGAUGGCCUGCAACUGGCCCUGGGCCGUGCCUGCUCCGUGUGGGACGCAGUGAUGACGUCACGUCGCAGCAAUAUGUCACCUGCCUGGCUCUGCAGCGCCACCUGCCCGAGACUUAUCAAAGUGCAGGAUCAUCAAAUCUCUAAAAGUAAUAAAUGUCAGUUUUGAACACAGCGCUGA